AUGGGCUCCACCUCACCACCCACCUCCCUCGAAGCCAAGAUCGUCGUCCUCGGCUCCCAAGGCGUAGGCAAAACAACCCUCGUGCACCGCUACGUGAAAAACACCUACAUCCCCCCAACCAAAGCGCAAAGCACCAUCGGCGCCUCCUUCCUCACCACCCGCGUCCACGACCCCGAAUCAAGCUCCACCCUCCGCCUCCAAAUUUGGGACACAGCCGGCCAAGAGCGCUUCCGCUCCAUCUCCCGCCUCUACUACCGCGGCGCCAACGCAGCGAUUCUGUGUUACGACGUCACGUCAAAGAAGAGUUUCGACGAGAUGGGCGUGUGGUUGAGGGAGUUGAAGGAGAAUUGUGGGUUGGAGGCGGAGCAUGAUAUGAUUGUGCAUGUGGUGGGCACGAAGGGGGAUAUUGUGGCGCAGGAUCCGAGGCGGAGGGAGGUGCCGUUUGAGAGGUGUAUUGGGUAUGUUGCUGAGCAGCUUUAUCCGGCUAGCAUUACGCCGGGGAUGUCGUCGACGGCGUGGGGGAGUCCGCCGAGUACUGCGAAUGGAAGAGGAGGACUAAGGCCGGUGGAGCCGGUGAAUAGUCCGCAUAGUAAUCGCUCGAGUGGAUUCUGGGGGCAGGAACAUAUUUGGGACUGUUGUCAUGAGAUCUCCGCGAAGGAUGGGGAGGGGAUUGAGGAGGUGUUUAGAGUGAUUACGAGGAAACUGGUGGAACAGCACGGGAAGAGGCAGGAAUUACAGAAGAUGAUGGAGGACGCAAUGCUCGGCGGCAGAACGCCUGGUCUGGACGGACAGCCUGGGACGCCUGGAUACUUUGAUCUUCCAGGUGGUGGAACGGGGAGUUUUAGAGUGGGACAUGGGGAUAAGAGACGGAGUUGGCUUGGGGCGUUAUCGACGCCGGGUGGGUUGACGCACUAUAGUGAUGAUGGGAUGGAGGAUGAGGUUAAGAGUGGUGCGAGGAAGGGGCGGUGUUGUUGA